AUGAAUGACAAACCUUUUGGAAGUGCUCUGGGCAGCCUCAUAUAUGCUCAGAUAUGCACUAGAAUCGAUAUUGCUUUCAUAGUUGGCAUUCUUGGUAGAUACCAUUUGAACCCUAGGAAUGAUCGAUGGAUAGUUGCUAAGAAGGUGAUGAGGCCAUUGAAGAUUUUUUGGGAUAGCAAUGCUUCUAUGUUUUAUACAAAGAAUAAUAAGAUUUCUAGAGGAUCUAAGCACUUGGAUUUGAAGUACUUGACUGUUAAAGAUCUUGUGAAAGAUGGUUCCAUAGUGGUAGAUCAUGUGAACACAAAUUCCAUGUUGGCUGAUCCAUUGACCAAAGGACUUAGCCUAUUGUUUUUAGACGACAUGUUGAAAAAAUGGGCAUUGUGA